AUGUCCGUAGUAACCGAAGAUGUGGUCACGGUGCCUUUAAUUCCCAUUUCCACCCUCCAUCUACCUAAAGGUAAUGAGCUGUUAACGCGCAACGUUGAUAACUGUUAUGCCGCUUUGUGGUCUUUUCUUGCGGGUGCCUUAACAGGUGGUAUCGAGGCGAUUGUCACGUACCCCCUCGAGUACGUAAAGACGCAUCUGCAGCUUCAACAGCUCCUUCAUGCACCCUCCUCCUCGUCGUUGCCGCACAUGUACAAUGGUAUUUGGGACUGUGUGAAAAGAACUGUGCAGCAGCACAGUCCGCUGGGCUUGUAUAGGGGAUUUGUCCCCGUGUUGUUAGGCUCCAUUCCGAAGCAGGCCUCUCGCUGGGGCGCGUACGAGUGGGCCACGGACACUGCCAAGACCCUGGUAAACGGGGGCGGCGGUGUACGCGGUGAGGAACCAACAGUCUCUCUACCUGUGCUGAGUCUCUGUGGUUUUUUUGCGGGGUGCGUUGAGACGGCGUGUGCCGUAAGCCCCACGGAGAGCGUUAAGACGCGCAUGAUUCACGACUCCAGGCAGGCGUUUCCACGCUACCAGUCCCUUGGCACCUGUCGCGCUGUUCUGUUGAUGGUGCGGGAGUGCGGCUUCCGACGCACGUUUUACAGUGGUGUGAGCGCGACGAUGCUGAAACAGGGGCUGAACCAGGCUCUGCGCUUCCCCGCACAGAAGUUUGUCAUGGACACUUUCUGCUGCGAGGCCUUUGUUGCCAUGUGGCAUCCCAUAGAAGUCACCCAUGGCGAAAGCGGAGGAGGGGCAGCAGCGGUAGGCGUAGAAACGAUGAGGCAACUGCAAAAGGCACGUCAAAAGAGUCCUUUGUGGAAUGGACUCGCUGGCUUUGUUGCUGGUGUUUUUUCCGUCUUGGUCACGCAACCCGUGGAUGUGGUCAAGACACAGAUGCAGUCCGGUGUGGUACACCGUGCCGCCAGUUGUAACAGCAGCGGAACUUCACUGAGCGGGUCUGAGUCACCGCACAUAAGAGGCUUAAGGCGUUCCUUCCACGAUAUUUAUUGUCGGCGGGGGAUUGCUGGGUUUUACGCUGGCACCAUUGCACGUAGCAUUCACGUGGGCACGCACGUGGCACUUGUUUUUACUGUUUUUCCUCUCAUCCGACGCGCCGUUGUCGGCACUGCCGGUCACAAGAAGGAAUAA